UAUCUAGAUCUAGUAAGCUAGGAUUAGAGGAUUAGCUGCGUACUCACUGAUCUAAUAAUUAUAUUAUUAUAAUAAUACAGUGUCUAAUGACACAUGAAGGUGAUAUUUACACAUAUUGAUAAUAAAUAUAAAUGGAUAGAAGAUGCCUCUACAUUCUAACUAUAUUCAUGAAUUUAUAUUUGAUCACAACUGCAAAAAAUGCUGAAAAUAAAAUCAGAAAUGUUUUACUUUUUGUAGGUGAUGAUGCUGGGUUUGAGACUGAGGUGUACAACAACAGUGUGUGUAAAACUCCAGGGCUGAAUGCCCUGGCAAAACAGAGUGUUGUCUUCACAAAUGCUUUCACUUCAGUCAGCAGCUGCUCCCCAAGCAGAUCAGCCAUUCUAUCAGGCCUGCCCCAACAUCAAAAUGGCAUGUAUGGAUUACACAACACAGUGCACAAUUUCAACUCCUUCGAUGGGCUGAAAAGUCUUCCACUCCUCCUUAAGCAAGCUGGAGUUAGAACAGGGAUUGUUGGUAAAAAACAUGUUGGGCCUGAAAAUGUCUACCCAUUUGACUUUGCUGUAACUGAAGAGCAAGUCUCCAUUAAUCAGGCAGGUCGCAACAUCACCUUCAUGAAAGAAAAAGUGUCAGAAUUUUUUAGCCAAACUAAAGAAGACCAACCAUUUUUCCUGUAUGUUGCGUUCCAUGACCCUCAUCGAUGUGGAAGCACGAACCCAGAGUUCGGAGAAUUUUGUGAAAAAUUUGGGAACGGUGACCCAGGUAUGGGCAUAAUCCCCGACUGGGUCCCAACACAUUACAGCCCUGACGAGGUCAUCGUGCCCUAUUUUGUGCCAGAUACACCAGCUGCGCGGGAGGAUAUUGCUGCGCAGUACACAACUAUCAGCCGCAUGGAUCAAGGUAUUCAACUUAUUAUGAAAGAGUUGGAGAAAGCUGGCCAUUUAGAUGAUACUCUGAUUUUAUUCACCUCGGAUAAUGGCAUCUCAUUUCCAAGUGGACGCACCAACUUGUAUACAUCAGGAAUGGCCGAGCCAUUUUUAGUGUCAUCACCAGUGGGGAGAACCAAAUGGGGAAGUGUAAACAAAGAGCUGAUCAGUUUACUGGACAUUGUCCCCACUGUUCUGGACUGGUUUAGUAUCAAGUAUCCGUCUUACAAGCUGGAGGGUCAAGAAGUUAGGCUAACAGGCUCGUCCCUUUUGCCACUUGUCAAUGACCUAGUUACUGAUAAGCCUCUUGACCUAAACAAAGGACAGCCUACUGGGGCCGCAAGCACAACAUCAGUCACAGGUGCAACAUCAGCCACAGGUGCAACAUCAGCCACAGGUGCGACAUCACUAAACCGAAGCGCAGUGUUUGCCAGCCACAGCCUGCAUGAAAUAACAAUGUACUACCCAAUGAGAUCCAUCCGCACACAAGACUUUCACCUGAUCCACAACCUCAACUUCCUCAUGCCAUUCCCCAUAGACCAGGAUUUCUUUGUGUCCCCCACAUUCCAGGACAUCCUGCGCAGGACGCGGGACAAACUGCCCCUCCCCUGGUACAAGACCCUGCAGCAGUACUACUACAGGGAGCAGUGGGAGCUGUAUGACCUCCGAUCUGACCCCAGGGAAGUCCGCAACCAGGCAGAUAACCCUUUGUACCACACAACCCUCCUCACCCUCCAGACCCAGCUUAAAGACUGGCAGAAUCAAACUGCUGAUCCCUGGGUCUGUGCCCCUAACGCUGUUCUUGAGUUCCAGGGUGUUUAUAAAAGCAGACCUCAGUGCUUGUCACUCGAGAACUCCCUCCCCCACAAACCACUUCCAUCAGUCCAGGUGACCAAUAUUGUAAUCACUAAAGAAACGUCCACCUAUUUACAAGUUGUUCUACCCUUUUAUUACGACACGCCUAUCAUUUUAGCGUGGAUGCUAUCACUUGUGAUUUGUUCUUACCUUACACUACUGAUACACUCUAAAUUAAAUGAUUCACAUCAUCUUGAAGAGACAAACUCUACCAACAAAAGUAAUCAACUAUCCUUUGCUGAAGUUCAAGUAGAGGACCAAAAUAAUGGGCUUGAUCAUGGCAAAACCAAAGUGCCAGGAUGACCAUCUUUUUUUAGUAAAAACAAAAUUUUUUUAUAUUAAUAUUUAUUAUAUUUUUUAGCUAUGUUGACUUACAUAUGAUUUUAAAACAGAUUAAUAUGUGAGAAUUACAUGUGUAAUAAUAAUUUUAUUGAUUAUUAUUACAUUUAUUUAUUCCUAAGGGUGAAGUAAUUUGUGAUUAGUAAUGCUGAGUAACCAAUGUUAUUGUACAUAAACAAUAUAUCAUAUAUCAAAUACUAUUUAAAAUACCACAAUUUGUUUGUUGUUUUU